AUGCCCGUCACGCCCCCCGACACCCCCUCUGCGUCGCCGUCGCUCCCCGCCCCCGCCAAGCCCCCUCAACCCCUGAGCGAGGGGGCGCCCCAGGAGCAAACACAAGCCACUGCUAAAAGCCGCGCCUCGCCGCCCACGUCCCCUUCGCCUGCAAGCGCCGACGGGACGACCAACGGCCACGGGUACCUUCCCUACCACGACCAUAUUCGCCACCACGACAACAGACACCACGAGGUCUCACACCAUUACGCCUCGCCACACUCCGAAAGGACGCCCCAGCAGCACCAAGGAUAUCUGGAGGCGUCUCCUCACCACGCUAGCCACGUUCAGGUCCAGGACGACGACGACGAUGGCCAACAGAGACCUCUGCCGAGCGCCUCCACUUCACAGGAAGGUAGCAGACAGUCUCCCAAGUCUCCACAGACAGACCCGUUUCUGCAAAGCAACUACGCCUCGCUCUCGACCACAGUCUCUCACCGCCAGCCCGCCGAAGCCAAAAAAACCCUUCUACAGACGAAUUCAGAGAGCCUCAGUAACCUGAGUGACAGCCUGAGCCCACCUGGAACACAAGCAGGGAAUUUCCUGAACGUAGGCACUCCUGGCCACCAUCUGGGGGUUCCAACCACCACUGUUGGGUCUGACGUUGCACCCGAUAGUGGGAUACGGAGGUCAGUGAUGUUCAAAGUCGUUAAAAUGCUAGACUUCUAUAAAUCACAGCCUUGA